AUGGCGUUCGCAAGGUCGGUCAUGCCAAAGCCGGUGAGGCUGGGAACUUUCACGCAGUACUGGGAGCCGGGAGCGCAACCUGACAAGGUCCGGCAGCUGUAUCAGGCGAAUGUGGAGAGCCAGACGCCCUGGAUCGUGCCAUCCAGUGAUGAGGUGCCGGUGCUGAGGGACCGCCCAGAAUGCCGUGUGAAGAAGUGUGAAGAAUGUGAGAUCUAA